GAAGGGGAGGACGAGGAGGAGGAGGAGGAGGAGGGGGACGAGGAGGACGAGGAGGACGAGGAGGACGAGGACGAGGAAGAAGAAGAAGAAGAAGAGGCGGAAAGAGAGACGCACGAGCCCUCCGAGAUUGAGAUGCGCCAGCGCCUUCGGCUCUUGCACACCAUGUCCUCAGUGUCCUCGAUGGGCGAAGCCGCAACGCUCCUCAACCGCGCCAUGCUGAACACGGCGUGUGGGAGGUUCGAGGACGCCCUCUGCCUCCUUGACGACGUGCUGGGGAUGGCAAGCACUGAGACCACGAGCGUGGAGGAGGCGAGGAUGCAGGCGCGCGCGGCGAAGGUGAAAGGUACCGUGCUGCAAGAGAUGGGUCUCAUGAAGGAGGCCAGCGUCUGGUACGAGCUCAGCGUCCGGGCAGGGCGGCGACUCCUCCAGCAGGCACCCCUUUCCGAGGACUUGCGCAAGUAUUUCCCGUCCCUUCGGUACGUGCACAACCAACUCGCGCAGUUUUAUUUGUCCGUGCGGGCCUUUGCCCUGGUACUGGAGCACUUUGAGCAGCUGGUGGCCUUGACGGACGACGCGGGGGACCGACGCCGCCUUCUGCGGGAAUUCGAGCGCCUUUCCCUCGAGCACGAUUUCUGGCAAGACGUGACGCCCGGCAUGCUCGACCAGGAGCUGGAGCAAGGGCGCAGGUGGUACAGGGAGAAAUGCUGGGAAGAAGCGGCGCUCCAAUUUCGCCGGGUCGUGCAAUUGGCACGCCUGGCGUCCUUUUCCUCGGGGGAUGGGACACGGAUGGUCGAGGCCCGGGCCCUGGGGAACUAUGCCACUGUACUCAAGGACUUGCGGAGGUGCGACGAGUCCAUCCUCGCUUACCGGCUCUGCUGUCGGCUUUUGGAGGAGCUGGAGGAGGAGCAAAUGGAGCGGCGCAUGCUGAAUGGCUUGUCUUUGUCCCUGAUCGAAGCGCACAGGUACGAGGACGCCGCCGUGGUCUGUGAGCGGCUUUUGGUGCUGACGGAACGGGACGACAAUGUGGAGCUUGUCAAAACCAGGUUGGAAGAGAUACAGGCGUGCCUGCGAGACGGGAGGCGGACGAUGGAGAGGGAAAGUGUGGAUGAGGGGAACGAAGAGACGAGGUGA